AUGGCUCCAGCCCAGAUAGACGAGGGUCUUCGACACACUGCCAUUACAAGUGAUGCAACCUAUGUCAAGUCUGUCGCCAAGUCAACGCCAUCUCGAUUCUCCUCCCUGUCCGUGCCGCCCGUCGAUGAGCCGUUCACACUUCAAGCCGAAUAUCUGAGUGACAGUCACCCUGACAAAGUCAAUCUAGGCAUCGGCGUGUAUCGCACAGAGGAUGGUGAUCCUUGGCCCCUGAGCGUGGUGGAACAGGCCGAGGCACAGCUCUUCCAUGCGAACAACGUCGCCAGACACGAGUACCUGACCAUCCAGGGCGACCUCAAGUUCUUAGCUCUAGCUCGCGACCUGGUCUUUGGGUUUGGAAAGUCUGCUGGUAACGAGCAGACCGCAGCACAAGACCGGAUUGCCUCAAUUCAGACGAUCUCGGGGACAGGCGCAAACAGAUUAGGGGCGGAUUUUCUCGCGCGCACCAUCAGGCCUUCUUGCGUUUGGAUUCCGGAUCCCACCUGGGCCAACCACUACACGAUUUGGGAGCUCGUCGGGGUUGAGGUCCGGACGUAUCCAUACUAUGACCACAAGGGUAAAUGCUUCGAUUAUGAACGCACAACGCGGCUGCUCUCCGCGCAAGCGAAGAAGGGCGAUGUCGUGAUCCUUCACGCCUGCGCACAUAAUCCCACCGGCGCUGAUCCCAGCAAGGAACAGUGGCGUAAACUCGCCGUGCUCUGCCAGCAAAAAGGUCUGGUGCCAUUCUUUGACCUGGCGUACCAGGGGUUCGCAUCAGGGAGCCUCGACGAGGAUGCAUGGGCCAUCAGACACUUCAUGAAUUGCAAGCCCGAACUGGAGUUCUGUGUUGCGCAGUCCUUUUCCAAAAACUUCGGUCUCUAUGGGCAGCGCACUGGCGCCCUGCAUGUGGUGACGAGUUCGAGCUCGGGGACUUUGCCGCAGGUUGUGUUGGCCAAUCUUUCUCAUCUUGUUCGUGGAGAGUACUCCAUGGCUCCCCGAGGCGGAUCCGAGAUUGUCAGGACCGUCCUCAGCGAUGAGGGUUUGAGACAGCAAUGGUAUGAAGACCUGAAGCACAUGAGCGGGCGGAUCAAACAGAUGCGCCAGGCAUUAUAUGAUGAGUUGAUCCGUCUGGGCACACCAGGCACAUGGAACCAUGUUCUGGAACAGAUUGGCAUGUUCACGUACACCGGGUUGACCGAGACUCAAGUGCUCGAGAUUCGACGACGACAUCACGUCUAUAUGAUGAGAUCAGGACGGAUCUCCAUGGCUGGCUUGAACAGGAAAAACGUCCGCUACGUCGCCAAAGCGAUUGAUGAUAUUGUACGAACCGUGGCAUGA